AUGGCGGAAGGCGACCUAAGGUUGGAGGAGGUAGACGACAAGAGUGGCUGCUUAGAGCCUUUCUUCUACGACAAGGCCGAGGUUGUGGCCGAAGCUGCGGCGGCGGCGGAGAGGCGGCGGCGGGAGGCCGAGGAGAAGGCGACGGAGGAUGCGCGGAAGAUGGAUGCAUUCAGUGGAAGAAAGGAAGCGCAUCAGGCCGUCAUCGACAGGAUCCGCGAGUACGAUCCCAAGACGGGGAAAAUCUGCUACACCCGAUUCUUCAACAAGGACUUCUCUAAAUUUGACAUCGACGAGGAGUCUCCUCUGGCUCCAAUGCGGUACACUCACAAAACUCCAUCCACAUACGCCAACUCACUCGGAAGACAGGUGUACCAUGUGUAUGACUCUGUAAACGUCCUCUCAGUGAAGAUAGUCUCUUCGGAUGUGGGAUUCCCGUUAAAGGUGUAUGGUACUGUGAUUGCCAGAGAUCACCUGGAUUACAAGUGUGUCUAUCUCUACCGUCGCUCUAGAGAGGAUUACCAACUCAUCAGCUCAGAGGUAGCACACGUUUACUUUGAAGCUGUCAUUUCUCAUUGUGUGGCGAUGACCGCCUUUUUCCUUGAUUACUUAUGCAUGCUAUUACUUUAUGGGUAUUAA